GGACUGCCGUAUCGAAACGGGCUGCGCAAAUCAAAAAACUCGAGCAGUGGCAAAGUGUUCAAUUGUCGUGCAAAAUUCCAUUCAAAACUAAUUUGUGCUGUUUCUUGUGUGAAAAAGUUACAAACACAAUCAACGCCAUGACAAGAAAACGUUCGAGUCCGUUGGGACUCGAAUUGCUGGUGUCACUCGCGCUGGCGUCGCUCGCCGUGCUGCCGCUGCUCACAGAGGCUGCACCAUUGCAAGAAUACACAGAGAUACAACAAUAUUCAGAAGGCUGCUACUACAACUAUGCUCACUACAACGAGGGUGAUCGCAUCAUGACCAAUGAGCCGUGUCUGAACUGCACUUGCCACAACCGCAUGCUCAUGUGCUACCUGCGCGUAUGUCCAUUCACCAAACCUAUUGGCCACGAUUGCAUUGUGGAGAAGCGCGAGGAUCAGUGCUGUCCCAUCAUCACUUGUCCCGAAGUACCCGUGGAUGUGCCCUAUCAUACACCCGAGCCUGGUACCGAGUUGAGCAUACCUGAAAAGUUCGGUUGCAGCAUUGAGGAACGAUUCUACCCGGAAGGUGCGCAGGUGCCAUCCAAUCCGAAUAAGCCAUGUGAGCUGUGCUAUUGCAUUAACAAUCAGACAAAGUGUGUCAUGCAGGAGUGCACAUUGCACGUGGAUGGUUGUACACCCAUCUAUAACAAAGGCUCCUGCUGUCCCGUUCGCUAUAGUUGCGACCACGAAAACGAUGUUUUGGAGCUUGAGGAUCAAUCCACCACAACGACAACUGUGCGCCCUACGCCUGGAUUUAUACUAACCACAACAAUGACACCGUCAGUCUCGACAGAUUGCGUACACGAUGGCGAAACUUAUGCCGACGGCGCCUCCAUUUUGGGCAAGAAUGCCUGCGAACACUGUUACUGCAUGCGUGGUGAUAUUGUCUGUGCCGUUCAAGAAUGCGAGAUGCCUAUGAUGGCAGCCAGUGGAAAGUCUUGUCGCGCUAUGCCGGCCGCAGAGGGUGAGUGCUGUCCGAGCAACUAUGUGUGCGAGGACGACAGUGCCACCACUGAAAUUGUGGAGGGUAUCACCCAAGAGGCUGGCAAGGAAGAAGAUGAGACUACCACAGUUACUCCAGUCAAGGAUAUCCCUGGUGAGAUUCCUAAGGAGGACCUGGAUCUACAAGAACACAUUGAUGACGAAGAGCAGGUCAAGGAGCAGGACAAAGAGAAGGCAACUGAAAGCCCAGUGGAUGAAAAGGAGCAGGACAAGGAAAAGGCAACUGAAAGUCCAGUGGAUGAAAAGGAGCAGGACAAAGAAAGAGCAACUGAGAGCCCAGUGGAUGAAAAGGAGCAGGACAAAGAAAAGUCAACUGAAAGCCCAGUGGAUGAAAAGGAGCAGGAUAAAGAAAAGGCAACUGAAAGCCCAGUGGAUGAAAAGGAGCAGGACAAAGAAAAGGCAACUGAAAGCCCUGUGGAUGAAAUUGGCAGCGGUGAAGUGGAUACAACAGCUAAACCAGAUCUUGGAGGCGAUGCCAAGCUUGGUACAACUGAUGAAGAAGAGCCCGAGCCAUCUACAGAAGGAUCAACAGAGACACCUUCGACUGCAGUGGAAGAUAGCGGCGAAAAAGAUAUUCUUAAGCCUGCAACAUCUACCGAGGAAGAGAGCACUGAUGAAAGCAUUGCCAAGACUACUACACCGAAGUCUAUUGAUGAGAAAACAACAUCGGAUGAGGGCGAAAGUGAAGAAGAGGAUAUUGCCAAAACUACUGCACCUUCUUCCAUUGACAGGACAACAGAAUCUAUUAAGCCAACAGCAUCCUCUGAGGAAGUUACCAGUGUCGAAGAUAGUGAGAAGCCUACUACACCGAAGACCAUUGAUGAACAUGCUGAAGCCGUUAAGCCCACACCCACUCCCGAAGAAGGAAGCGGUGAAGAGGAUAUUAGUAAGCCCACAACGUCUGCUGAGGAAGGCAGUGGUGAGGAAGAUUUUGGUAAAAUUACAACGCCAAAGACUGUCGAUGAAGAGAUCGAACCUGCUAAGCCCACAGCACCUGCAGAUGAAAGCAUCAGCGAAAAGGACGUUCCUAGGGCUACAACACCAUUACCAGUCGAAGGCGAAGAUAUCACAACUGAUUUGUCGGCUGAACAGGAUGAAGAUCACGAUGAAAAGAUGGGUACAACAACACCAGAAAGUGUCAUCGCCCAUGAUGUGCCAGCGAGCGAAUCACCAAAACAGAAGCCCACAGAAAGUUCAACAAGUGUACCCACAUCGGCAGAAGAUAAGGAAGAAACCGCCACUAGUUUGCCCACUUCAGAGGACAAAGAUAUUGACAAAAAGGAAAAAGAGAAGCCUGAUGAAAUUGAAACACCUCCCAAAUUUCUACCAGAGGAUGAUUCAAGCUAUAGUACAACCCAAGCCUCAUCAACUGAAAAGACUGAAGGAGAAACGGCCGAUGAAGAAACAUCAACAGCCGCAGCAGAAAAAGAAAUUGUGCCAUCUACCAGUACGCCACUUGAAACUCAGAAGGAACCAUCCAAAGAGGCAGAUGAUUCAGAAACACCCACCCAACAAACCCCUGCGAAGUCUGACAUUACACCAGCGGAUGGCGAAGUUGAUCAAAGUACUGCUCAGCCAGAUGAUAAAGCUGAAUUGCCAACCAGUAAACCAGAUACAGCAUAUUUACCACCCUCCUCCGGCCACAUUGACGGUGAGGAGAAAAUUGACGUAUCUCCAGCACCAGAAGGAGGUAUUACGGAGCCCAGCCAGACUACCACAGAAAAAGAACAAUCUACUGUUUCUUCAAUCGAUAACCGUAACGACUUUGUCACAGACGCUGAUAAAGAGGCAACAACAGUGCUACCUACUUCAGAUGAGACAUCACCUGAAGAAAUUCCUGACAUGCAGCUUCCAGCCGUUAUACCGGGAGAAGGUGACUGCUUGGUGGAUGGAAAAACCUACCCUAACAAUACUAUCAUCCCUGCUACAGCUCUUUGCGAUGAGUCCUGCAAGUGUAUUAGCAGCAUUGUGGCGUGUAAGCAAUUGGAAUGCAAUAUUCCGCAAAAUCGUGAAAACUGCAUUAUGGUUCCUGCCAACGCUGAUAGUUGCUGCCCAACUUACAUUUGUGAUACCGAUAGUUCAAAGGACGACGAAACAACAACUGUCAAGCCACAAUAUACUGAAAAGCCCAUCGAAAGGGACGAUGAAGUCGGAGUGGACACUACCACAACAGAAGUGGUGCCUAAAGAUGUCAUUAUGCCUUCUGGAAUUACUGAACAACCAUUAUCUCAUAUCAAGCCUGACGAAGAUAUUUCGCAGACUACAACAGUGAUACCUCAGUCAACAGAAACUACAGCACCAAAGGAUACCGUUAAACCCACUGAAGAGAAAACUUCAGAAGAGGAUGGUAUUAUCGAACAUGAAACUAGUAAGCCUGAAAUUGGAGAAGAAGCUCAAAAACCUGUUCAGCAGAGCACCGAACCAACAGAUUCUAAGAAACAGCCUGAAGAUGAAAUUCCAUCCCCAACUGUUGUGUCCCCCACUGAAGAAGCUAAGCCUAGUCCAGCUGAAGAUUCCUCUGUGCCACAGGCUGAAGACAAAUUGCCAACAACAACUAUUCUUCCAACUUCUGAAGGAGAAGAAGGAAAACCGGCAGAUAAGAUCCCAGCCCCAGAAGACAAGUUGGAAACUGAUUUGGAAGACAAAGUUUCAGCUACUACUGUUGUACCACCACUUAAGGACGCUUCGACAGAAUCGUCUGAGGAAGAUGCCACCACUACUGGUGAUCUCUCCGAUGAAGUUGAGCAGACAUCCCAAGACCAACUCUCCACAUCAACUAUUCAUACACCUGUUGAUAGGGUCACUGAACCAGCGGUUACAUCUAUUAGUACCUCGUCGGAAGUGGAAACAGAUGAAUCAGGUAAAUUCACAACACAGGCUCCUUCUGCCGAAGACGGCCUUACGAAACCAGCUGAUGAAAAAACUCCUUCAACAUCCGGUGAAGCUGAUGAAAGCACAGAGGCUAUUUUGGAAUCGACUGUUCGUCCAGAUGAAGGUGUCAAGAAAUUCUUGGAGAAAGAACCACUAUCGCCAAUUACUACUACUCCUGCGUCAGACGAAAUCGAGAAAGAGGAAGACAGUGAAAUCAAGAAAUCUUCCGAUGAGGAAAUUUCAUCAACUGAACAACAACCAACUGACGAACAUACGGUCGCUCCCUCUUCGGAAGAAAAAGAUAGAGAGCCUUUCAAGAAACCUUCCGAUGAGGAAAUUUCUUCAACUGAAGAACAACCAACUGACGAACAUACGGUCGCUCCCUCUUCGGAAGAAGAAGGUGGUGAGCCAUCUGAUGAAGUUUCGCCAACUGCUGCACCGCCUGCCAGCACAACUAAAGUUGAAGAUAAACCUGAAGUCACUACGGUUAUUCCCAGUUUGCAAGAAGCCCAUAAGGAACCUACGACUUCAUCAGAAGACGAAGUUAAACCAACCCCUGAAGAUAGAUUCGAUGAGACCACAAUUGUGGCACCCGCAAGGGAUGAGGAGCCGACCGAACAGGAGUUCGCCGCCACAGUUUCGCCCUCUAAAGAUGAAAGUGCAUUCGAUAAAUUUGACUCAGCAACAGAGCUGCCUUCUGAAGAAGAGCAGAAAGAACCAUCUGAUGACAAAGUUUUACCAUCCUCAAUUCCUUCUGAAGACGAAAGUAAACAAGAAUCAACAACGCCCGCUGCUACUUCUGCUGAAGAAGGCAGUACCGCUUCUUCCGAUGAAAGGGUGCCAUCAGGUGUUGAUGCUGAUAAAAAACCAGAAACAGAAGAAGAAGAAGUUGCAUCUACCAGCUUGCCACCAUCUAGUCAGGAUAGUAAGAAGAUUCCACAGCCUGAGGAUACUUUGGCUGGCACUGAGUCCCCAGUAUCAGUCCCUGGUGCACAAGACGAUGAUACAGAAGUCACAACAGAGCAGAAAUUCAUUGAAACUACUGUUUCUCCAGUCUCUGACAAGGAAGAAGGCGCUACCCCCGAGGAAGAAAGCAAGAAACCAACUGAUGAUUCCGUUGCAACAACUGUUGCUCCUACGUCGAGUGAUGACGAAGGCAAGGAGGGUGCUCCAAUUUCAUCUACUUCUGCACCGCCUUCGGACCUUGAUACCACUGCUCCUCCUGCUGCUCAUGUACCGGCUCCAGAAGAAAUUGAAACGAAGCCCAUGGAUGAAGUUUUAUCACAAACUGGAGAUAAAAAGACUUCUCUUAUUGAUAGCAUGCCUGACACAACUGUUGUUCCAUUCACCGAAGAGCCAUCACACGAAAAGGAGUCGUCUACAACUGCCGCUGAGGAAGAACCGUCUAAGAUUGAUGCUGAGCAUACACCUUUGCCUGCCACAACCUUAGGUAAAGAUGAAGAAAAGUCUGAUGAACAAUCUACUUCGACAUCUUUGCCUGCCACAACCUUAGGCAAAGAUGAAGAUAAGUCCGAUGAACAAUCUACAUCGACACCUUUGCCAUCUGUUGAUGAGCAAAAGGAAGCUUCAACUAGUGUACCUAUUUCUGCAGAAGAGAAACCGAAACCAGCUCCAGAAGACAAAUUUGAAACUGAUUUGGAAGACAAAGUUUCAGCUACUACUGUUGUACCACCACUUAAGGACGCUUCGACAGAAUCGUCUGAGGAAGGUGCCACCACUACUGGUGAUCUCUCCGAUGAAGUUGAGCAGACAUCCCAAGACCAACUCUCCACAUCAACUAUUCAUAUACCUGUUGAUAAGGUCACUGAACCAGCGGUUACAUCUAUUAGUACAUCGUCGGAAGUGGAAACAGAUGAAUCAGGUAAAUUCACAACACAGGCUCCUUCUGCCGAAGACGGCCUUACGAAACCAGCUGAUGAAAAAACUCCUUCAACAUCCGGUGAAGCUGAUGAAAGCACAGAGGCUAUUUUGGAAUCGACUGUUCGUCCAGAUGAAGGUGUCAAGAAAUUCUUGGAGAAAGAACCACUAUCGCCAAUUACUACUACUCCUGCGUCAGACGAAAUUGAGAAAGAGGAAGACAGUGAAAUCAAGAAACCUUCCGAUGAGGAAAUUUCAUCAACUGAACAACAACCAACUGACGAACAUACGGUCGCUCCCUCUUCGGAAGAAAAAGGUGGAGAGCCUUUCAAGAAACCUUCCGAUGAGGAAAUUUCUUCAACUGAAGAACAACCAACUGACGAACAUACGGUCGCUCCCUCUUCGGAAGAAGAAGGUGGUGAGCCAUCUGAUGAAGUUUCGCCAACUGCUGCACCGCCUGCCAGCACAACUAAAGUUGAAGAUAAACCUGAAGUCACUACGGUUAUUCCCAGUUUGCAAGAAGUCCAUAAAGAACCUACGACUUCAUCAGAAGACGAAGUUAAACCAACCCCUGAAGAUAGAUUCGAUGAGACCACAAUUGUGGCACCCGCAAGGGAUGAGGAGCCGACCGAACAGGAGCUCGCCGCCACAGUUUCGCCCUCUAAAGAUGAAAGUGCAUUCGAUAAAUUUGACUCAGCAACAGAGCUGCCUUCUGAAGAAGAGCAGAAAGAACCAUCUGAUGACAAAGUUUUACCAUCCUCAAUUCCUUCUGAAGACGAAAGUAAACAAGAAUCAACAACGCCCGCUGCUACUUCUGCUGAAGAAGGCAGUACCGCUUCUUCCGAUGAAAGGGUGCCAUCAGGUGUUGAUGCUGAUAAAAAACCAGAAACAGAAGAAGAAGAAGUUGCAUCUACCAGCUUGCCACCAUCUAGUCAGGAUAGUAAGAAGAUUCCACAGCCUGAGGAUACUUUGGCUGGCACUGAGUCCCCAGUAUCAGUCCCUGGUGCACAAGACGAUGAUACAGAAGUCACAACAGAGCAGAAAUUCAUUGAAACUACUGUUUCUCCAGUCUCUGACAAGGAAGAAGGCGCUACCCCCGAGGAAGAAAGCAAGAAACCAACUGAUGAUUCCGUUGCAACAACUGUUGCUCCUACGUCGAGUGAUGACGAAGGCAAGGAGGGUGCUCCAAUUUCAUCUACUUCUGCACCUCCUUCGGACCUUGAUACCACUGCUCCUCCUGCUGCUCAUGUACCGGCUCCAGAAGAAAUUGAUACAAAGCCAAUGGAUGACGUAUUGUCUCAAACUGAAGAUGAAAAGAUAUCAGUUGACGAUAUUGCGUCUACCACAAUUUCUGACGCAGAUGUUGACAAAACUCCAGUCACAGUUUCUCCGAUUGCGGUUGAUAUUCAAACAACAACUGAUGAUAAGAAGCAACCUGCAUCUGAAGAAGGUGUGUCUGAUGAAAGCACAGAGCCAAUUGCUCAUGCUGAAAGCCCAACCAAACCAGACUCUGAAGCUGAGCUGCACGAGACUCUAACGGAAUCGCCGGUAACAGAGGAUGUAUUAAUUGCUCACACAGUUGGUCCUAUGCUAGAAGAAGGAGCAGAUAAGUCUACUGAGAAACCAGAAUCUGAUGUACCCACAAUUAAACCAGUUCAAGAGGAAAAGACUACUGCAGCACCAGCCAUUGCUCCAAGCUUAGAUUCCACAGAGGAAGGUGAUGAGUCAGUGGAAUCUGAGGAAGAGCAGACCGCUGGAGAUGGACAGAAGGCAGGCGCUACUGACUCAUCAACAGAGUCAGAGGAAGUAUCCACUGAGUCUGCUGAUAAAAAGCCCGUUCCUGAAGAUGAGGAAGAGGAAGUACCAGCCAUUGUUUCCGAAAUACCACAGCAGCACACAACUGCAGCUCCUUCUGCUCAAAAUGAAACCUCAACUGCCGCAGACAUUACCGAGAGUGAUGAAAGCUCAACAGAACAGGACCUUGCACGAAUCACGACAAUGCAUCCAUUGUUUGCCCAACACUUCCCCAGUAGUACAAAGGGACCAAUUAUUGACGAUAGAGUUGGCAUCGAUGAGUCAACAGAUGCGGCAACGACCCAGAGCGCCAUCCAAACGUCCGCGGAGUCAAGUACUAGUACAAGCACCACCGAAACGCCACUUACUACGACACCGGCAUCUAGCUCGCAUUACGAACCAGUCACACCACCUGCCUAUGGUCAACCGCCUCAGUAUCCAUCUUAUCCUGAAGACGAAUAUGACGAGGAGGAGGUGUUUGGUCCAGGAACCUGCCGUUACGCUGGAAAACUUUAUGUGUCAGCACAACAAAUUCCACGUGACGACCCCUGCGAUUUCUGCUUCUGCUUUAGAAGCGAUAUCAUUUGCCUGCAGCAAUCGUGCCCGCCACCGAUUGCCGGCUGCCAUGAGGAGCCCAUUUCAGGUUUCUGUUGUCCCCGCUACGAGUGUCCCGUCUCGAUGGCUGCAGUUCUUAACAUUACAACGAGCACGACAACCACAAGCACCACACUGCCACCCCACUUCCUCGCCCAUAAUUACGGCGACGCUGUCGAACGCAACGGCUGUCUCAUCAACGGCCGUUCGUAUAAGGUGGGCGAGCCCAUCGAAUCAACGAGUGGUCCAUGCAUCAGCUGCACAUGCGGUGGCGAUGGAAAAAUGAAAUGCGAUCCACAGCAGUGUGUGCCGGAGCCGACUAUGCAGCAAGUGAUGGCCGCUGUUGCUUCGGGCCGUAAAAGAUGAACCACCAGCCAUGCUCACUAAAUAUAAUUUUAAAUAAGUUUUAAGCACUGCAGUUAAACAAUCACAAGCCACAAACAGAUAGACAACAUAGAAAAACACACAAAAAGAUAUAGUACCAGAGUAACACCAACUACAUACAGACAUACAGAGCUGCACUCACUGCGCACAUUUGAGAAUAAUGAAUGAAGGAAAAUGAAUACAAAUUAACUUAGGUGCCAAAACUGACAACAACAACAACAACAACAACAACAGGAACAACAACAUAAAUAAUAUCGCUUUACACUUGAUCAGAUUCGAAAUUGUAAAUUUACGUUUGCCGAUAUAUUUGCACUAUAUUUCCAUUGAAUUACGCCAAUUUGUUUCGGACUAGAUUACGUGACGAAGCAACCAGUGAUAUUGUACUGUAUACAUAGUAUAGGUGCAAUUAAUUUAGAACGCGCUCACUAAAAAUGAAUUACUUACGUAUUUUGUAUUGUAAAACAUAAAGAAACGUCGCGAGUGAUUUGUAAGGUUGUUUUUUGUGCCGCCUUUAAUUAAACCGCUUUCAGGAGACUCUCAAACCCAACAACCAACAUCCCAAACAAACCCGAAAAAUUAUGGCGCGCCACAAUCAAUUACAUUACGAAACCGCGAUGUUUGCCUACUGAACAACAACCGAUUCUUUUUGUUUGUUUUAAUAGACAUACAUACUUUCCUUCAAUGCGCUUUUAUAGUAUUUUAGUCACUUUAUUUUAAACAUUAUUAUUUUUUUGUGUAUAAUUGUUGCUUCUAGUCUUCUUUUGUUGUAAGAGCAACGAAAUCCGCCUAAACACGCACAGGCACAAAUGCGCACAAUUGAGAUCAAAUCGAUGAAACGAAUUGAGUUAAAUUGAAAAAAUAAUAUCUUCUAUACAAUUUUCCACACUUUUAUACUUUUAUACUACAUGUGUAAAAUGAAACAAGAAAAAAAACAAAAAACAAAAUCGAACGAAACUAGUUUUUAUAGCAAUUUUACAAACGAACCACGAAUUGCAUAGUUUUUAAUGGAUUGAUUCUAAUUUCACUUCAAUGCGUUUGUGUAGCACAAGCACAAAUGUAUAUGGUAGUAACAAAAAACAAAAAAAAAGAAAACAGUAGCUUACCUAGGGGUUUUUUUAGAUCAACUGAAAAACGGAAACUAAAUAUGAAAAAUAAUAUAUAAACUGUAGGGAUAUCGCUAUUGCUCGACUGAUUGAAAAAGCAAGCAAUCAAGUGGACAUUACGUAGCCGAUAAUGUUGUAAGCCAAAUUAAUUUUUAGAAUAUCAGCAUGCUGUAUGAGGUAUGCGUUUUAACCAUAGAACAACAAUACAUAAAUAUAUCAGAUCAGUUUCAGUUGCUUGAGCUUUAGAGAUAUGCCAACACUUUGAUGCGUUUUCAAAUGCACAAUAAAUAUGAACAACAAUUAGAAUUAUAUAAUCUCUAAAUAUAGG